AUGAAAAUGAAAAAUUAAAUGCCUCAAACAAUUCAAGCAAUGAAAUGAUAAGUGAUGCAAACCAAAAAGCGAAUAUUUCUUUAGAGAAUUUUGGUGUUAAGUAUGAGAGAACUGAAACUUUAGGAAGCAAAAUGGAUAAAAUCAUAAAAGUUAGUGAGGAGUUAAAAAUG